CCACCCUCCCUGGUGUGUGCAUGUCCUGAGUUAAAGCAGUCUUGGCAGGAGCACCAAGCCCUGCAGCCCAAACUCCUGCUGAGGGAGGAAGGCAGCGAGCCACACGAAGGGUGUUAAGGAAACUAUAGGAAGAUGAGGAAAUGUGUGAUGAGUUUUGAUAAGUGGAGGAAGCAGGUCAUGUCCUGCCUCGAGUGGGCUCUGCUGGGGGUAUGAAAGCAGCCUCUGCCUCCGCCAGGAAUCAKUUGGUCUCAUCAGCGCUCUCUGCUCCGGGUGAAGAUGUGCUGGGCUGGCAGGAUGAUGCUGGGCACCUUCAGGGUCUUGCUGGUGUUUAUCCACACAGCAGCAGCCUGUGACUUUGGGCCUUUCCCCUACAGAGCCACGGGGAUCGUCUGCAGGAUGACCAAACCGGCGGCGUUGCUGUUGAACCAGGAAACGGCGCAGGUCAUCCAAGCAGCCUUCAGAAACGCCAAAUUCCCCAAUAUCACCGGGGAAAGGUCCAUGCGGCUCCUCGGCCGGGUGGCUUACGGGCUGUCCAACAUCCAGGUCAAUGAUUUGUCCAUAGAGCGGAGCGAAGUGGAGCUCAAGGAGGACGAUGCCAUUCACAUUGUCAUCAAAAACGUGUCAGCUUUGUUCAAAGGGACCCUGACCUAUGGCUAUUCCGGGGCCUGGUUUUURCAGCUUUUUCAUUCUGUUGAUUUUGAAAUCGAGUCUUCCAUUGACCUCCAGCUGAACAUCGAUCUCUUGUGCCAAAAGGAACUGGUGGUUCCUGAUGCCUCAGACUGCUACCUGGCUUUCCACAAACUCACCCUUCACCUCCAAGGAGACAAGCAACCAGGCUGGCUGAAGCAGCUCUUCACGGAUUUCAUCUCCUUCACUCURAAGCUUGUCCUCAAGAGGGAGGUAAGGUCAGCCUGUGGGCAGAGGAGAGCUCUGUCCUAUUUCUGGUGUGAGGUUUUUGUGUUUUUUCCUGCAGCCAGUUUUGUCCGGGAUAAGGAUAUCAUCGUUGACAUCUCCCUCGCAGCAGAUCCUGUCAUAAAAGCAAGCUACAUCGAAUCCCAUCACAAGGGCCUUGUCCUGUACCAGAACAGCUCCACUGUGCUCAGUGACUCCGUUUUCACCCCAUCACUGCUGACUGAGGACCGAAUGCUCUACUUCUGGUUCUCUGASCACAGCAUCAGCUCUCUGGCUGCAGCAGCUUUCUUAGAUGGGAGGCUGGUGUUGAACCUCAGAGGGGAGAAAYUGCAGGAGCUGUUUGAGAUGGAAGACACCGAAGUGCAGCAGAAGGCAGUGCAAAUGAUUUUUCAAGGCACCUCCUAUAACAACUCUGUGGCCAAGGUGUGGAGUCUCAGCCAGCCCCAGAUUUCCCUUCAGCCUGCAGGGACAGUGGUCAGGUCCCUGGUAGCAGUGGAGCUCAGCAUCCUUCCUGCAGGAGAAGAACCCCAGGUGUCUCUCUACAUGGAGAAGGAAAUCACGGUCACUAUUCAAGCUACCUAUGCAGAAAAGAAACUCAUUUUGCAGCCUGUGGACUCCAGCAUAGAGAUUAAAGUGUUUAAAUGCACAGCUGAUCCAAGUGGGAAGGACCCAUCCAUACAAAGCUUCGUGCAGAAUAUGAUCUUGGUUGCUGGCAUUCCAGAAGUAACCUCAAGUAUUGGAUCAGCUCUGACUUCACUGAUGAACAGCAAAAGGCUUCAUCUGUUUGAAAUCAUAAAUCCUGAGAUCAUCACCAGAAAGGGAUAUGUAAUUGUACAGCUUGACUUUGGCUUCCCAAGUCAUUUGCUUCUUAAUUUUUUUGACAAAGAGUCGUAGAGCUGAUCCCUUCACAGAGGGAACUUGUGUACAACCAGAAAGAUUGUCUGAACCAAUUAAAACAUGAGCUGAUUUAAAUCAGUUUUGGUUGAAUU